GUUGUAAAGAGAAGUUGAGACUGUUGAGAAGUCUGAAGUCGUCCAUUACAUUGUCACCUGGUGAAGAAUCUCCUGCUCUAGACCAAGGCUGAGAAUGACCCUCCAAAAUGGGCUCGACCUCUCUGUGAGGAACUGCGUCCAGUCCGCUGGCAACAGGAACGGACUGAGAUGGGAUCUCACACCCGAGCAGAUAAAAUCCAGGGCCGAGAAGCUUAUGCAGAGGAUUAAACGGACCUACGACACCAUCGGAGCGCUCGACCUGGAGAAAGUCUCCUAUGAAAACACCUUGAAAGCCCUGGCAGACGCAAAGUUGGAUUACACAAUGUCCAGACACGUGUUAGACUUCCCCCAGUAUGUCUCCCCGUGUAAAGAGGUGCGCUCUGCGAGCACCGAGGCGGACAAAAAGCUGUCCGAGUUUGACGUGGAGAUGAGCAUGAGAGACGACGUCUUCCAGAGGGUGAUCGCACUGCAGGAGAAGCAGCUGAAGGAUAUGAAGCCUGAAGCCAAGAGAUUCAUGGAGAGACUAAUCAAACUGGGAAAGAGAAAUGGAUUACACCUGUCAAAAGAGACACAGGAGGAGAUCAGAUCAAUUCGCAAACUGAUAAGUGACCUUUCCAUCGACUUCAACCAAAAUCUGAAUGAAGAAAACACUUUUUUAGUCUUCACCGAAGACGAGCUAGGCGGUAUGGCGGAGAGCUACAUAAACGGUCUGGAGCGGACUGAGGACGGCCGGUUCAAGGUGUCCCUGAAGUACCCCCACUACUUCCCGCUGAUGAAGAGGUGUUACGUCCAGGAGACCAGGAGGAAGAUGGAGAUGGCCUUCCAUAGCAGGUGCAAAGAGGUGAACACGGCCAUCCUGGAGCAGCUGAUAACGCUGCGGUCGAAGAUGGCCCACCUGCUGGGCUUCUCCACUCACGCCGACUACGUGCUGGAAAUGAACAUGGCCAAGAACACCGGCAACGUGGCACGCUUCCUCGAUGAGCUCCACGAGAAGCUGAAGCCGGUGGGCGAGCGGGAGAGGCGGUACAUCCUGGAGCUGAAGAAGAAGGAGUGCGAAAACAGAGGCUACGCGUUCGACGGGAAGAUCCACGCGUGGGACAUGCCCUACUACAUGAGCCGGGUGGAGCAGGUGAAGUUCUGCGUGGACAAGGACAAGCUGCUGGAGUACUUCCCCCUGGAGGUGGUGACGGAGGGGCUGCUCGGCAUCUACCAGGACCUGCUGGGCCUCACCUUCCACAAGGUCAGCCACGCCCACGCCUGGCACAGCAGCGUCAGCCUGUACUCCGUGGUGGACACGGCGUCGGGGGAGGAGAUUGGACAGUUCUACCUGGACCUCCAUCCCAGAGAGGGCAAGUACGGCCAUGCAGCCUGCUUCGGGCUCCAGCCCAGCUGCUUGGGGCCCAACAGGAAGCGCAUACUGCCCGUGGCCGCCAUGGUGGCCAACUUCACCAAGCCCACGGCUGACUGGCCCUCCCUGCUGCAGCACCACGAGGUGGAGACCUUCUUCCACGAGUUCGGCCACGUCAUGCACGAGAUCUGCUCCAGGACAGACUUUGUGGAGUUCAGCGGGACGCUGGUGGAGACGGACUUCGUGGAGGUGCCGUCCCAGAUGCUGGAGAACUGGGUUUGGGAGAAGGAGCCCCUCCACAGGAUGUCCCGGCACUACAAGGAUGGGAGCUCCAUCCCAGACAACCUGCUCAACACACUCAUCGCCUCCAGAGUGGCCAAUACAGGGCUGAUGAACUUGCGUCAGGUGGUCUUCAGUAAAGUGGACCAGGCUAUCCACACCAAGGCCAGUGCUGACACCGCAGAGGAGUUCGCCAAACACUCCAGAGAAAUCCUGGGGAUCCCUGCAACUCCAGGCACAAACAUGACUGCCAGCUUUAGUCAUUUGGCUGGUGGAUAUGAUGGGCAGUACUAUGGCUACUUGUGGAGCGAGGUCUUUUCCAUGGACAUCUUCUUCAGCCGGUUCAAGAAGGAGGGAAUCAUGAACCCAAAGGUGGGAAAGGAAUACAGGAGGGUAAUCCUGGAGGCAGGGGGUUCAUUGGAUGGUGCAGACAUGCUGAAGACCUUCCUGGGUCGUGAGCCCUGUCAGGACGCCUUCUUCCAGUGCAAAGGGCUGGCCCAGUCAGAAAGCACCAUUGACUGGACGGGCGCCGCCACCGCCGGCCGCGCCAUCUGGGAGGAGGGGGAACCCGACGCUGUCGUGAGACUGAAACCCGCGCAGGCUAAGCUAAAGGUGAAGAGCUGUGCUAUCACAGUCAAGCCUGCGGCCGCUGCAGUGAGGCCCCGCUCGGCCGUCUUCACCGAACGAGAUGUGCCCUCCUUACGAGAUCUGAAGCUGCCGCAGACCGUGCGCACGGAAGGGUCUCAGAAAGCCGUCGGCUCGCCAGUGGAGAUUGACAGCACUGUGGCGUGGCGCAGCAGUAAGGAGCAGGUCUUGUACCCCGAAAGUUGCUGGUGUGAUUCCCGGGCGCUGCAGCUGAUGAAGCCCAACCCCUGGGCAACGGUUUCUUUCUCCCAGCAGAUCGCCAGCAGAGAGGGGCCCCAGGUGUGCUGUGCCCUUGCUGCAGAGACACAGAUGUCCCAGCUGAUGGAGGGCCAGCGUCCCGCGGCCUGCAGAGCUGUCCCCGCACACCUGUCCCGACAGAACGCAGGCGCGGAGAGUGACGAGAGGAGGGCUGUCAGGAGGGGGGACAGAGAGGAAGGAGGAAAGCGGCGGUCUGCGGAACAUGGCUGA